AUGGCUCUGUUGUAUGGAGCUCUGGAGAUCCUUGCUCAUGGCUUUCUGGACUGGAACAGACCCACAGCCAUUAUAAAUAAUCCCUGGCCUCUCUCCAUUGCCAUCCAAAUUCCUUGUACACCAGGUAAGUACGUAAAACCGGCAUGCAAUACUAAUGAAAAACCAUAGUUGUAGGAAAAGAAAAGUAAUUGAUGCAGUUCCCAAGCAUUUAGUCUCUAGAAACGCUAUAAAUGUCUGAUUUUUAUUGCAUGUGUAAUUGAUGGUUAAGCAAACAUUUAUGCCAAAGUAGUCCAUUCUACGACCUGACCAAAUAUACAGAGAAUGAAAUGAAUACAUCUGAUCUCUACAAUAUAUCGUGAAUCUGUUAUUCCAAUUCUAUUACUUUCUGAGUUAAUAAAAGAUGUCCCUGUGUGGUGAGGUGUGUUGCACCCUGUAGUCUCAUUCAAAUUACAGUCCAAUAGAAACAUCCCCAACCUCAGUUUGUAAUACCUUUUUAGUUGGCCAAAUUUGCCAGAAUUGUAACUUCAGUCUCUGGCUAUAUAUUCUAGAAAAAGAUGGGUCUUGUACACUCUAUCACACAGGCGUCCUUACUAAUACCCGAAAGGAAGGUGCUCUUUUGGGUAUUCGUAGGGGUGCCCAAAAGGUAAAUCCCUAGAUGUUGUGCUACUACAACUCCCUUGAUCCUUUGCAUGCCUUUUAGAAAUACAAAGCAUCAUGGAAACUGUAGUUUUAAAAUAUCUGGGGAUCUACCUUUUUGGGCACCCUUGGUCUACAGUGAAGAUGGAGUUAAGAGAUCCCUUGCACAUCCAUAGACCUGUAUUAGGUUAUAAACUUGGGAGGAUGCAGAGUCGAGGAAUGAGGAAUGGAACUGACCUUUUAGAGAAUCCUAAAUAUAGAAGGAGGGAUUGGGUACAAUGUGACAGUAGGUUUCUGUGAUUUGGAAUAAAGUACUUGAGCUCGGUCUUCUUUCUCCAUUCUUCAGUAAGAUCUUUUUGACCUUUCACAAACACAGCGAGACAGUUCUACCUGUGUCAGAUCUUUGUGUCACCAUGGCUACCUGGUAGUGUAGAUUUUCCAAGCCCUAGUCUAAUGACUGACUGUAAAACAGCCAUUUGUAGACAUAUAAACAGUUUUGUAAAACUGCAGAGAAACCUCCAAUACAUUUACAAGUCUUACAAUCUAAGAAAAUCAAUACACGUCCUAUCGGACAUUCCUCUCUAGGUAAUGGAAAAUCUUGAUCCAACUGGCAAUAUCUCGAUAAAUAUGUAUUGUAAAAUCUCCUCUUGACACAUUGACUUUGAGUGCAAACACUGCAGAAGAAAAGCUUUAAAAUUAGAUGCCUCCAUUCAAAGAGAAACGGAAACGGCACUAGUAAUAAAACAAUUAGAAGUAUUAAACCUUGUGACUAGUCCGAGAUUGAGUGAGCAAGUAUACCCCGCUAUUCACACUUAUACAUUGAUCCUCCACAGAUACACCACUGCGAAUUUCACACAGAUACUCCAUACACACAACUUUGCAUUCGCAUACUCUGCCGAAGCAAAAACCUAAUCCUGUUUAUUCACCUAUGUGAGCAUUCAAAGUUCAAAUUUCACAUUUAAGGUCAGAGUAGCUGAACUGAUAACGUUGCUAACUUAAAUAAUUUUUCGAGUUCCACUAUUUUUCUCUUUAAGCUUGAAAGUCACUUUUGAAUUCUCACCUUAGUAAUGACCCUGAUAAUGUGAACUGCCUUUUGAGGUGUAAAGUAAAUUGUGCGAUAUACUAGUAUUUUAAGGAUUGAAAUUUGCAAUCUUUUUAUAAUGGUGCUAAAUUAUCUUACCCACAACACCACUUUGCAUUCUACCCUGAACAAAGUGAUGUGAUGGGCAUGUAGGUGUGUAUCAGUAGAGUGAAUAUGAAUAGAAUAUUAAUCCUUUUAAUAGUAUAAAUCUGGGUGAAUAGACUUAUUAGGCGCUUAAAUCUAGUCAUUGGGUAUUUCAAAACGUAUUGAAAGUUAACACUAUUAUAUUGCACUUCUUUUAAAGGAAAACCGUUACAUUAGAGUUGUCAUUUUAUUUACCUAUCCCCUAAAUUUCACAACUCUGUUAAUUCGGUCGGCGAAAGGUAGCGCGUAAAAAUCCACACUGUUUUUAUCCUGGAAAUGAGCACCUCCUGAUUGUCUCAUUGUCAAUCAUUGUUAAAAGGUCUGACCUUUGCUCCUGUCAAUCAGAACAGAGACGAGAAGAAACAAAAAUGGUUUCUCCUAUGAUACAGUGUAUACCCUGGCUGUGGCAGGGUUAAACUUGAUUGUGAUGUUACUUGGUAAAUCUUUUUAAAGAAACACUAUAGGGUCAGGAACACAAACCUGUCUUCCUGGCCCUCUAGUGUUUAAAAACUCUAUCUCCCCCCUCCCCCCCCCACCCCCUUUCCCUCUAAAUACUGUUACCUUUAUCCCUGUCUGCAGCUGCUGGCUCUACACUUCAUCUGCCUCCUUGGCUGACAUCAGAAGUGGUGAUCUCUACCAAUCACAAUGCUUUCACAUAGGAGGCAGAUCAGGGGCAGAGCCAGCACAAGCCAAACACAGCCCUGGCCAAUCAGCAUGUCCUCAUAGAGAUGCAUCAAGUUAAUGCAUCUCUAUGAGGAAAGUUCAGUGUCUACAUGCAGAGUGGGGACACUUAAUGUCAGCACUGCCCCAGGAAGCACCUCUAGUAGCCAUCUGAGAAUUGGCCACUGGAGGUGUCCCUAGGGAGCAAUGUAAACUCUGCAUUUUCUAUAAAAAGACAGUGUUUACUGCAAAAAUCCUGCAGGAACUUACUAUACGCACCAGAACAAAUACAAUAAGCUGUUGUUGUUCUGGUGACCAUAUUGUCCCUUUAAGAUAAAUUUAAAAUGAAAGACCUUGCAUGGAAAAAAAAGAAAAAAAAGUUUAAAGGUCUACUUUAAGUACCAUGGCCACUUUAAUGAUUUGAAGUGGUCAUGGUACCUGGAGUCUGUAUGUGCAGUGUUUUGCUAUAAAACUCCCCACAUACAGAGUUUAACCCCUCUGGUUCUGGAAGUGUAAUUGAACCUCCGGCAGCAUCAUUAGGGAUGUCUAAAGCCAGCCUAGUCCAUUCUGCAGAAACUGGAAUCGCAUCAACAGAUAACCAGGGAGUCUUGGAGCCCGGUGGGAACCCAGUUAAAGGGCUUGUCCCAUUACUGGGAAACAGGGCCACAAUACUCCAGGCAUCACUGGGGUGACCCUUUAUCACAAGUUUAUAGUUGAUCUUCAGUAUUUUUAUUCAAUAUAUAAUUUACAGUACAAGUUCCCCUUUAAAAGUUGUCCAUAGAAUCCGGGGAAAAUUUUUUUGGUCAUGACCUUAAUAACAUGUUUACUUGUCAUUCUGAUGUGACUUUUUUUUUUUUCCCCUUAAGAUUUCAGGAACAGAGUCCAACUUGCGUGA